ACCGCCGCCUCCCCGACCACGACCGGUGGCUCGCGCCCUGCUGCUGCACGUCCCAGCGGCGGCCUCAAGGUGCGCGACUGCUGCCAGGCCUGUGCCAAAUCAAAAGUUCGUUGCACAAAGGAACGCCCGUCAUGCUCUCGCUGCGAGAGUAAAGGCAUCGAGUGCCGGUAUCUGCACUGCAAGCGUCCAGGACGGGUGCCAGGAAGUAGUGCACGUCGUGCAGCCUCGCUCUCGACCGACCAAACCAAGAGCCGGGCAGCCGGGACAGCUGAUGCAGGCAACACCCUCGACCAUCAAAAUUCUCCGUCGCCCUCGCCACACGCCAGCACUACAGCAGAUCAUGGAACCGCCUCGCUACUCCUAUCGCCUGCAUCCUCGACGACACUCUCGUCUGACCGGGCACAAUGCAGCACCAGUGCCCACCACCGCGUCGACUCGUUCCAGACGCACAUGGAUGCAUCCGACGCAUUGCCCUCAGACUUCUUCCCACCCUUCAAUCUUGACAGUAGCAGCUCGACUAAUGGCGUAUGGGAUGACUGCCUCGACACGCUUGCCGCCAUUGAUGCGCCUAUGUAUACCGAUCUCAUGGACUGGGACCCUUCUGCUGCGCCCAUGUCGACAGGCUUGUCACUCGACUCCACCUUGGGCCUGGAUAUGCUAGACGGCAGCACUGGCUCCCAAUCGCCGUUUGAUCUGUUGAUUCCAUCAACUAGCAACUUCUCCACCGAAUCAAGCUCGCGCGCAUCUUCUUCGGAAUCGUUAAUGUCAUCAGCAUCUUCAAUGCCGCCAUUGUUUUCGUCGGCAUCUUCUUCGACAUCAUCAUCGGCAUCAUCAGCGUCAUCGUCUUCGUCGUCAAGGCACCCAAGUCUACCGAGAGACGUUGUUGCGUUAACAGCCCUACCGGGUGGCCAGACAUGCAGCCAGCCGGCGCAUCCAGAAGCAGUAAACUCGACCGUCUUAAAAGCGGAUAAGGGGAUGAACUGCAAUUGUCUGCACAAGGCACUUGAUUUGUUCAAAACCAUAACUCAAAACCCCUGCUCAGACCCAUCUGCGGUGUCCGGGAGUCCCCUGACUCAGCUCAUCCUGGCCAAGAACAAGCAAACGAUUCAGGCCAUGCUUGCCCUGGUCAACUGCAACAACUGUCGCGACGACAAGCUGCUCAUUGUUGUCGCACUGCUCAUCACUAUGAAGAUGCUAUCUUGGUACGCUUCUGCUGCGGCGCUGACGGGCGGGCCUGGCGUUGGCGCUAGCAGCGCCAUGGACAAUGUCCCCAUGACUAGCGGGCACGGAAGCCCCAUAACAGCCACACCAACGGCAACGGGCCGCCAUCAGCCUUGUCAUCGACAAGCGAAGCAGCAAGUCUUGCGCGAACUGCAUUCUGUACAACGGUUGAUAACUUCACUUUCAGCCAGGCUAAAAGGCCUCGACCCUCACCCUGCUGACUCAUUCCUGGCGCAAAAUGAACUAGAGCGCAGUUAUUAUGGCCGCAGGCGCACAAUGCCCACGACGCUCUUUCGGCCAAAUGCCAUUGAUCCGGCACUCGUGCCUCUCUCAGCCCGUACGCUCGAGGCGGUCGAAGUCGACGCCCGCAGUAGUCUCGGCUUUCUGUCUGCAGCCGUGAGGAAUGCGCUCAAGGAGAGCUGA